ACAACGAAAGCAGUUGGGUAUUCUAGAAGAGAAAGAGAUUGAUGUUUUUGAGAUGGAAACCCUAAGUGGGUAUAUUCUGGAAGACAAAGAUAUCCAGCCUUCGCUUCAUUACAAACUCCAACCAAUAAUGUCCUGUUGGUUCUGUGAGGUAUUUAUUCUAUGAGGGUGAAGUGGAAGAGGUGAGGAAAAAUGAAAGUGGAACUACAAAGAAGGUUGACAAUAAAGCAGUGACCAACAAUAUCAACAGGCCUCCCGCACCCAAGAAGUUUCUUGCAUUAGGAAGUGCUGCUCCUUAUCUGGGAAGGAAAGCAAGAGAGGGGAAAGCAGGGAAAGCAAAGGAUUCCAAGCAAGGCAAAUAUCUCAUUGUUCUUCUAGAGCAUUAAUUUGAGAAGAUUGGCAGAAUGAAGUUUCAGUUUCUUCUUCCUAGCCAUCAUUCUUCAUUGGAUCUCAUUCUUUCUUUUGAUUGGACAAUUAUAGAUCUAAUUCUUGUUUAUCUACAAUGGAAGACUAGUAGUGGCAGCCCUACCAACCACUGAGCUUUAGGGCAUCUUAAGUAUCAAAAGAUCGAAUUGAUGUUCGUAGGAGAUUCAGUGCAGAGAGCCUAGUUUGAGUCAAUGGUUUGUUUGGUGCAAUCUGUGAUUCUUGAGGAGAAGAAAUCCUUCCAUAGAAUUCCUCCCACAACCACAAUGAUCUUUAAAGCUGAGGAGUACAAUGCAUCAAUUGAGUACCACUGGGUUCCCUUCAUGGUGGAUUCUGAUUCAUACCAUGCAACAUAUCAUACUGUCUUGAGAUGACUAGUGAACCUUGCUGCCAAAGCCAAUCAUGGCAGGAGCUAGGAAGGACUUGAUGUAUUGGUGUUUGAGAGCUAUAUCUGGUGGAUGCACAAGCAUAACAAGCCCAGAUCAAUGCUAUGUAAGUUGACAGUUUUCAAGCUAAGGCUUUCUAUUCUGUCCAAAUUCUUCUGGUUUUUCUGAAUCUUGCUGCCAUAGCCAAACACAGCAGGAGCUAGAAGGAGUUGAUGUGUUGGUGUUUGGAGCGAUAUCUGGUGGAUGCACAAGCAUAAAAAGCUUGAGAUCAAUGUUAUUUACGGAACUACUGAGAUUUUUCAAGAAUAUAAUGUGACAACUAGUCAAUUGAGAAACCUGGGCAAAUUGGAUAGAAUCCAACAUCAGUCCUUUAUGUCCCCUACACAUAUUUGUGGUAUGUUUCACUUGCUGUUUUCUAUUAAGAAACAUCCCAAGCCCCCAAAUUAUGAAAAGAUGAUGAUAAUAUAGGGAGCUAUCAAGCUGUUAUAAACCCUUUUGAUGAAGUAGAAGAAGUUAAUCCUUUCUUUGUUAAUCUUCUUUUCUUUUCAAAUUUAAAAGAUUUUUUUUUAAUGAUAUGAUUCUUAUUACUACUCAGUGAUCAUGAAUAUGUAGAACCCUUCAAGGCUUUCACCUCUUCUAGCAGAACUAGUUGCUUUCUGCUAUGGUCGUGAUGCAAAUCAUGAUGUCCCUCUUGCUAUAGUCACCAGACCCAGUUUUAAGGUUAGUUUAUUUACCUAAAGUCCAUCUCCAUCCAUGACCAUGUAGAACUUGAAUUGUGAUUUUUUGUUUUGUAGAUUGGCCACCAUUUGCCCCAAUCGUUCGUAAUGAUAUUGCAAAUGAUGUACUGAUUUAUCUACAGAAGUUUAUGUAUGUUGCCUUUUUAUCAUUCUAAGGAUUGGUUUUGUGCAUUUUUUAGAAUGACAUAUGGCUGCUACUCCAGCAUUCAUCAAAGGGGAAGGUUGGAAGCCAAGCGAUAAUGAGAACUGCUUUAACGAGACCCAUCCAAUCCAAGAAGCAUCAUACAAGAACUAAAGAUCAACCAUUCCAGUUUUGAACAUUACACAAUUGUUAGAAUAUAUCAGAAAAAUGCUCAUACAUUUCUGUUUAUGAAGACCCUAAAAUUUUGCUGAUUGCAUUCAUUGGUGCUUGCCGGGACCACCCUAAGAAGAUGCUCAGUGCAUCUGUUUAUGGCUCAUACAUGGAAUGAGAUUUUGUAUGCAUAAUUGUUGAACGGUUGUAAAAAUCUUCUGAACUUCCUUUUUGGAAAUCAAGAUACUGACAAAAC